AUGGCCGUCCCCGCUCCUACUCUUAACGAUGUCGCUCUGGAGAUCCGCGCCAACAAGGACGUCAACCCUGCCGCUGUCAAGGACACCACUUGCACCGACAGGGCUGCCAAAAUCGAUACCCACGACAUGAACGUUGCCACCCUCGCCAUCUGCGGUGGCAUCCAGGGUUCGAUCCAGAAAUGCGGCGGUGCGCCGAAGAGCACAACCGGCGUAUCGGGUACAGCCAAGUUCACCUUGAACCCGACCAGCUCUGGCGCUACACUCAAUGUUUCUAAGGGCCGUUGGGAGGGUUGCAUUCGCGCGGCCCGCGCUACUUGCCCAACUGGCAGCUUCAAGUCAACCUGUGUUGGUGGCGCAAGCACAGGCGAUAUUGCAUUUACUCUCACCAACCCCUAA